UUUAGCAAGAGUGAGAGAGAGAGAGGAGAGCGCACGCCAGGGAGAGGAGCAAAGAAGAUGAGGAUUAUUUGCAGGCAGAUUGUCUUGUUGUUUUCUGGAUUUUGGGGACUCGCCAUGGGAGCCUUUCCGAGCAGCGUUCAAAUAGGUGGUCUCUUUAUCCGAAACACAGACCAGGAAUACACUGCUUUUAGACUGGCUAUCUUUCUUCAUAACACCAGUCCCAAUGCAUCCGAAGCUCCUUUCAAUUUGGUACCUCAUGUGGACAACAUUGAGACUGCCAACAGUUUUGCUGUGACAAAUGCCUUCUGUUCCCAGUAUUCUAGAGGGGUGUUUGCCAUUUUUGGACUCUAUGACAAGAGGUCAGUGCAUACCUUGACCUCCUUCUGCAGUGCUCUGCACAUCUCUCUCAUCACACCAAGCUUUCCCACUGAAGGGGAGAGCCAGUUCGUGCUUCAGCUAAGACCUUCAUUGAGAGGUGCACUCCUGAGCCUCCUUGAUCACUAUGAAUGGAAUUGUUUUGUCUUCUUGUAUGAUACAGACAGGGGUGUAUAUGUAAACCACAUGUAUGCUAAGGGAGAUCAGCAUCCAAUGUCAUAUCCUUUAGAACUGGAGUUAGGGAUGAUUGUGAACCACUAUGUGGGCAUACUGGGAACAAAAUCUAGAUUGUCUGCAAGAGCAGUACCUGCUAAGCUUCACGAGUAUUGA